AUGCAAACCCAAUCUUCACACAACCACAUGAAUCCGAGCAAUCCAGAAGUGCCUCCUCCGAAUACCAUGUACUAUUCACACAUGGUUCAACCACAGCAACCCAUCAUGAAUUACCCCAAUGCGACUCAGCCUUCACACGUUGUUGUGGAAAUGAUGGCGGCGGUCCCUGCUACUCUGCCAAUUACAAAAUCUCAAUAUUUUGCGAGUCGUAUGCAAGCCUUGGGAGACCAAAAGUUGAAACUUGUGAUUCAAGAAGAUGGUAUUUGGAUGUCCUUUUUCACCACCAUUGUGGCUGUCUUGCUGUUUCCCGUGGCUAUUUGUCUCGAGUGCUUGUUUAGUGAAUUGUGUGUGGUUGUGUUGGCGAUCCUGAUCGUUUAUUUGGCUAUUGCAUUUCCUAUCAUCUUGUUAGCAGCUCCAUUGGUUAUAAUAUACAUCUUGUGGACAGAGACAGUGAUGACCGUGAUUUUGGAUGACGCCAAACGAGAAAUGUCGAUCGAAGUUCGAAAACGAUAUUUCGCUGAAUCCAGAAGUAAUAGCAUUGUGACCUCAUGUCAAAUUCCAUAUUCAGAUAUUGCACAAGUACUUUUAUCAAAGAAAAAAAGAGCAUCAAAACAAAAAGUCCUACUCGAAACAAGGCAAGGUCAACAAUAUGAAUUCUCUCUGGGAAUGAAAGAGGAGAUUGCAAAGGAAGAAUUGGACUAUUUAACAAAGUUCUUCCAAGUAAGAGGAGUGGUGUUGGGUGAAUGUUUCAAACAAACACCACAAAUGUUGCCUUAA